CAUCAAGAUAAGACACUUCGCUUCAAAUCAUUUGUGUAUUACAGAAACUUCUGAUCGUCAUGGAAGCUACUUCUCAGCCAUGUUUCUCUCAGAACUACCACUCCUCGCUUCAUUCGACCCGAAAGCAACCGGCAAAGCCAUGGAAAAAACCCGUAUCGGGUUUGCCUCAGCGGAUGCAUCCUAAAGUUUACCGAGUCGAGCCUGUUAACUUUAAGGAGUUGGUUCAGAGGCUAACUGGUGCACAUGACCAUGAGCAAGAGGUACAUCAAGUUGAAGCUAAGCCAGUCAAGAUUUCUGAUGACACAACAACAGCUAAGGAUAACCCGUUCGCGUUUGAUCUUUCACCGUCAUCAUCUCGGUUUUGGGAAGCUUUCCCUCUUCUUAGUCCUGCAAAUCUUUCAAGAUGGUAGCGAGAUAAAAAGCUUCCUUUAAUUGUAAUUCUUGCCAGUUUUUCGGCAAUUCUUGAAAUUGUUCCCACAGAUAUAUAACUGUAGUAACAUUUUACGAUCUUAUCUAUGAAUACAAAAGUUACCGUUA